CGACAUGGCGUAACUUUGUUUCGUAGCACAAAAAUAAUCGUGAUUCGUUGUUUCAAUAAAUAAUUCAAACGCAGUCCGGACGAAUUUGUGGGGUUAAUUAAGUAUCGAUUGAGUGAGUUCGUUCAAACAGUGUCUAGUGGUUACGGAAAUUAAAUGUUUGUUUAGAUUUGUGUGUCGCUUUGACCUAUUCAAGAAAUAUAUUUAAGAUAUAGUGAGAUUAUGGCGAUAAUAGGUCGCUAUGGGACAAAGUGGUAGUGCAAUGCGGUUAUCGGCGACCUUGCUGGUGUUGCUUCACUUAUCAAUGCACGUUGUGGAUGAGGGGCAGGCAGUAAACCCUAGUUGUUCCUGUAUACGCUUCACAUCGACGCACGGCAAAGAGAGGGGUACGUUCAGCAGCCCUGACUACCCACUACCCUACCCGCGGGGUAUCUGUACCUUGUACACCUUCAUCGCUGCACCUCAUCAGAUAGUGGAGCUGAUGUUCACAGAAUUCAAUGUCUUCAAGGAUGAUCUUGAUUGCAUACGUGGUGACUACAUAAAGGUCUACUGGGAAGUCCAAGGUCCAGGGCCUCCUGGGGCGAUUAACGAACGCUCAGCUUGGGCGAGGACGCUAUGUGGAAGCAGGGCCGAUGUUCCUCCAGCCCUCUACUCUCCUGGUCCUUCCAUGGUGUUAGAGUUCCACACCAGUUCCAAGAUAAGCAACGCGACAGGAUUCCUUGGGACUUACAGCUUCAUUGAUAGACGUCUAUUUGAAACCGAGGGCGUAAGAAUACCAGGCACGGAAUGCGACUACCAGUUCAGCCGGUCCGGCAACCGGCCCACACACGGCAGGCUCUACAGCCCACAGUACCCGUCCAUUUACCCUAACAACGUGCGAUGCUCGUACCAUUUCCACGCAAGGCCAAAGGAUCGCGUGAAGGUAGUUUUUGAAGAAGUCUCCUUACAGAAAGGGGAUAUAAGUUGCCUGCGGCGAGCGGACAUCAUCAAAGUGUUCGACGGGCGAGACACCAACGCGCCGGCCAUCGCCAUGCUGUGUAACGAGUUUACAGGGUACGAAGUUCUGUCAACGGGUCCAGCUCUGCUGCUACAGUUCACUGCUAACUCCGCCUCGCCGGGGCAAGGCUUCGCUGCCACCUUCCACUUCCAACCACCACCUGAUUCCACGGCAGCAGAUUCAGACCGGCUCCUGAAACUUAGUUUUGGAAAGGCGUUCGAAUCUCUUGGGCCUGAAGUUAGCGCAACAACUUCAUCGUGUCACCAGGAGUUUAACAGCGAUGGCUCGAAGCACGGUACUCUUACGUCGCCUCACUUCCCCGCUGCAUAUCCUCCAAAUACACACUGCCACUACGAAUUCUUUGGAAGAGGAAAAGAGAGGAUUAGAUUAAUAUUUCAAGACUUCUUUUUGUACAAAUCUACGGAUGGAUCGGGAUGUACGAACGUAGAUUCCCUCCAAGCCUUCGUUAACGUCGACGGGCGGCUGGAAAAUGUUGCAACGUUUUGUGGAGUGGACCUCCCUAAGCCAAUUAUGUCAAACGGGCCCAAGUUAAUGCUCGAGUUCCGAGGUACACACUCGUCGAGGCACUCAAGAGGAUUCAAAAUAUCAUAUUCAUUCGUUGAAAAUUUCGGUAUAUCGACAGGAAGACAGUUGAAGGAGUUUCCCUGCGCUUUUGUGUAUAAUAGUAGUGAAUCGCGCAACGGCACCUUCGCUUCUCCAAACUCACCAGGACCAUAUCCACGAGAUACAGAGUGUUCUUACUUCUUCCAUGGAGGACAGACUGAAAAAGUCCAUUUGUAUUUUACCCACUUUGAUGUGGAAGGAGUAUUACCAUGUGAAGCAGUGUCAGCGAGUGAUUAUGUAGAAUUUUCUAAUUACAUGACUGAAGACAAUAAAUAUGGCAGAUACUGCGGUCAGAUGAAGGAGUUUCAUGUAGAAUCUGAAAGGAAUUUUUUUAAAGUUACCUUUCGAUCUAAUGAUAGGCUGGAUGGCACGGGCUUCAAAGCAAUGUACCAGUUCCUUGAGGCUACAGACGAAUACCAAGCACCUAUUUAUGACAAAGCUUCUGAUACAUUGCGUUUACUUGGUGAACUCUUGCUGCUGUCUCUGGCCACGACAUUCCUGCAUCUAUAUCAUUUAUGAAGUGAUAUUAGAAUUAUAAAUAUUUAUAGUCUAAUCCUGUACAUUUUGUACCAUAGUCUGUGCCAUACACUGUAAUUAAAAAAAAAGUAGGCGUGCAAAAUUUUCUAUAAAAUAAUUAUAUUUAAGUUUCAUCUACUAUUACCAACUAAAGCAAUAUAACACGAUAAAGUUUAAUUCACGCAGGCACGUAAUUAUAAAUAAAAUAAAAAUAUGUAAAAAUUGA